AGCAGCCAAGAUGAUGCUCCAAGUCGGCGACUUCAUCACCAUCGCCAUGGUGGCCGCCCGCGCCGCGAAAGCCCUCAACGACGCGCAAGGCUCCAAGGCCGAGUUCACUUCCCUUCUCAAGACUCUCAACGCGCUCGCCCAGGCCAUGCUCCAAGCCGAAGCGCUAUGCAUGGGCUGUCAGUCCGCGCGCCCAAGCAACGACCCCUCUAGCAUCAAAAUGCUCGAAUCCAUCGGUGCCGAGAUCAUCAAGGAGCGCAAGGAGUGCGAGAAUCUCAUCACGCAGUUCCUUAUUGACUUUUCAGCCUACUCAGACGCAUUUGUCGAGCAGACGAGCGGCGUCGUGCGGAAAACCUAUCGCAAGCUAACUUGGCUGGGGCGUAAGGAGGAAGCGGCUGCGCUGGAGAAGAAGAUCACUACGCAUAUGCAGGCGCUGCAGCUACGUCUCUAUGCAUUCUGCUUCGCAUCGAUGAAGAGCGAUGUUGUCGACAAUAGUAUUGUGCUAGGUUCCAUCGAUACCUCGGUUGAAUCGCUAGCGAUGCGGUUUGGCGACAUGCAUCUUAUGGUUGCUGAAGCUGUCAAGAGAAUCGAAGUCGUCCAGAAUACAGUGACGACGUCAAUAGGAUACAGCUGGGGGCCAGAGGCACCGAUUAUACUUAUAGAUGGGCUGGAUAGGAAGGUGCUUCUUCCGUUAAUGCUGGCCAGCACCCCAGAUACCUUCCGAGAAGUUCUCCUUAUCAUGCAUCGUGGUGGGCCUGGGUACGACAAGAUCGAGAGCGGCAAGUACGUCGUUUCCGACGAAGAUUUUGGCGGCGCCCUGAUCCCCCACGCGAAAUGGGCCGAGAGCUUUCUGCCGGGGAAACGCAUCGCCCUAAGUUUCAUCCUCCGGCAUCCUGGACUAGGUGAUGAGAAACAAUGCCCACGAUGUCGAACAAUGGAGACAUGGCUUGACGAUCAACCAGGGCGACGUAGAUGCCUAAAAUGCCACCUCACCUUCAGAAUAGAAGACCAAGAACGCACGCGUCUCUUCUGGAAAUCACUCAAGCCUCGCCCCAAACCCCCGACACAAACACAAUCUGCGCCUUCUCUCCCCAAAAAAGACAAAGACCCCAGGCGCCCCCUCCGCCGAAGCUCUACCAUUCCCCAGGGCGAAUUCGCCCACCAGUACCGGCGCGUGCACUACCAGCGCGACAUCCUGCGUCAACCAUCUGUGGAGCAGCGCUGGCAGAGCAGCGAUCCCGAAUUUGGCGAGUUCCUAGGCGCCCUGUCGCCCGUUCACCGCGCGGCGGCGACAGGGAACGUCGAAAUGCUGGACGAGCUGCUCAAUGACGGCGCGAACGAGGGCACUCAUUGGAAGGUGCCUCCACACAGCAUGUUCCGCCACGACCGCACUGGAUGGGACUUUACCGGCGCGCCACCAAUCCACUUCGCGGCGUACUACGGCCACAACUCCGCCGUGUUGUACCUUCUAUCGUGUGGGGCGGACAUUGAAGCAAAGGACUCGGCAGGGACAACGGCUCUACAUGCUGCGGCAUGGACGGGGAACGAGGGGCUGUUCAAAAUGCUUAUGAAGAAGGGAGCAGACAGCUCAGUGUGCGACUACGACGGGUGGAGCGUGGCCAUCUACGCAAUGAGCCAGGGCCACGAUGGCAUCACACGCCUCCUCCUCGGCGAGAACGCUGACGCCGACACCGAGAUGCUGGUGAAGACUUAUAAGCUCCGACACGCCGCGAAGCUGGGCAAUACCGACACCGUGCUCGGUAUGCUCCUCGAAGACCAGGAGGCGAACGCCGCGGAACCGUCCCAGGACGCCGAUGCCACAACGGAGUUAUUCCUCAACGAAGCCCUCCUCGGCGCCGCGGAGGGCGGACACGUCGAGCUCGUGCGCACGCUCCUAGCAAAAGGUGCCGAUGCCUGCGCAACAGACGACACGGGCUCGACGGCGCUCCACUGGGCAGGAUGGGGCGGCCACGCCGAGAUCGGGAACCAGCUAUACGAUGGGCAGGAGCAGGGCCAAGACGUCGAGUCUCGCCUGAAGAUUACCAGUCAGCGACAUGAGGAGGCGAUGACCCUGCUGCUUGGAGGAGGGGCAGAUAUCAAUGCGAGGAAUGUGCAGGGGUGUACGCCGCUGCAUUGGGUGAGUGGCGCGGGGAGCGUGCCGAUGAUGAAGUUCUUUGUGGACCAGGGUGCGGAUCCGGAGAUUGAGGAUUUUGCGGGUCGGACGGCGGUGGAGAGGGCGAGGGAGACGGGGGAUGAGGGGGUUUUUGGGGAGUUGGCGGGGUGAGGGAGUUUUUGCGUGUUUUAAGAUGGUGUAUUUGGUUUUGUUUGAUUUAGCGAUUUGGUUUACACAGCGAGCGAGCAUUUGGAUGGACUUGGGCGUCCUUUGGGGGUGGUGGCGGCUGGGUCAUAUAUGCAAUUUACAGUAUAAUAUUAUGUUAUAGUAUCAUCGGCUUAUGAAUAACUUACUUGGUACUCCAUAUCUGAGGUUGUCACAGGUGGGAACAAUGAUGUAGUCGUAUAGAAUUAAAUUGUAUCCGC